AUGCCACCCCCAGACUGUACUGCAAAAGUUGUAAUGAUUGGAGACAGUGGAGUUGGAAAAUCCAAGAUCCUUUCAAGUUAUAAUGGAGAAAGGUUCAAUCCCACCUACAUGCAAACACGAGGUGACUUUCGGAAAAAUCAGCGAGCUCAUAAUCACGUUUGCGUAGUAAUGUUAGAAGAGCUACAUGUAACCAUGGCCAUUUGAUGUUUCUUUUUGACAGAGAGACAAAUCAGAACGUCAAGAGUGCAAGUUGGACGUCGAUCUGUAGAACUGCAAAUAUGGUAAUUAAGGAGAAGUAAGAUUGCAUAGUAAAUUAUUAUGGUAUGAACAACGUCGACAGAAAUACUUCCGGAAGUCUCCAAGUUUACCAAAUAUUUCUUGAUUGAACUUUUGACGCCACUGAUCUGUUUUGUCCCAAACUGAUCGGGCCAAUAAAGUUUUGUUGUUUUAUCAGUCUGGGUUUGCACCAGUGCAGGCUUCUCGCUUUGUAGCCAUACUUCAAGAGGUUUUUAUAAUCAUCGUUUGUUUUAAAACAGUUACAUCUUUUGUCUACACUGUGAUAGAUAGCUCAACUUUUUGGUGGGGGCGGGGAGUGGGGCUGGAGUGUUUCAGGUGUUGCUGGGGUUGUAGCUCUCUUGCCUCUAUACUUGGAGGCAAAAUUGUGAGACUGUGAGUUGUUGGCCUAAACCGUAAGAGUUGGAAGGUCUAGAUAUUCAUUCAGGAGAAAUUACUAUUUUACACUGGAAUUACUAUUUUACCUUGUAGCAGAACUGGAAUUGAUAUCCUGUUUUCACAAACAUGAUUUUCAAAUCUUUAAUGGGGAGGGGGUGCGGGGUGGUCGUCAGAAUCUGAAUUUUGCUAAAAUUUGGCUAAACGUCAGAAUCAUUUCUUCCUCGUUAUUGGGUGGGAAUGGGUGCAUGUUUCAAGGCAGAGGGUACUUUUGCAUGCCAGUAUUUAUUGCGGAGAGGUACUAGUCUCUACUCACAGAAUGGUAAUAUUUCCUAACCAUUAGGGAUACACCUGGCAAUCCCCUUUGUAGAACAAUAACAGCAGCAUACAUGCGGGAGAAUGUUCAGGUAAUGAAUCAUUUUGUAUUACCAGUAUUUUAAAGCUCAUGUUAGUCCCCAAAACAUCAACUGCAUGUUCCAGCCAUACAGUGAAACCCCUAAUGUACACUGUAACCAUGUGAAGACUUGAAUUACUAUAAGAUGCAUUAUAUUGGGUUCCGGUUCCAUUCAUCCAAGAGUAGUCAAUUGAUGAAAAAAAAUUGGUAUUAAUAAGAAAUGUAGCAAUCAAGAGAUUUUUGAUUGAUAACAGAAAUAAGUGAAAAUUGAUAAACUUAAUUGCUGUGUCAAAUCGAUAUUAUCAAUUUUUCAUGAAACAAGAAAAUGUGGAAACUAUUACACAUACAAGUUUCUCUCUAAAACCCUUUAUUUUGUACAUAAAUCACAAUCAGUUCUCACCUUAGAAGAUUUCGUAGCCUGAAUUUUAGACAUCUCUUCGAGUCGAAAGGAUGGUUAUCAAUCUAUGAAACAUUUAAUACUUGGUUGCUACUAAUUUUUGUGUAUACCCAUUUUAAUCUAUUGAUUACCUUGAGAUGUAACUACACCCAAAACUGCACCAACGUUACUAGUCUCACUUGCAUAAGCAGCGAGACUUAUAAUCUGCAGGUCAUUUCUUUUUCUUCGUAUUUAGUACUAAAAGUGACGGUUGUGGUCCCAGGUUUCCUAGCAGCGACUGUGGAAACUGGGAAUAAGAAUCGUGACGACUUUCAUGGUAUGCAAAUGUGACUGGUGAUGCAUGAGCAUGUGGUUAAUUUUCAGUGAUGAUUGAGGUGAUGCACGUAGUUGAUCAUGUUCUAGUAUGGAUUUUUGGCAGUGAUGUAAUUUUCCUUGAAUCACCCUUGAUUUUUGUGUAUUCAUACACACGUAGUCGGACGUGAAAAUAUUAUAGCAGAGGAAAUCCUGUUUCAUGCUGUAUUGAGGCAUAACGUUUCUCACAAUAUAGACACAAUUACUUGAACUCUACGACUAGAUAGAUUCGACAUUGCAGAUUCGCUUUGUUGUAUGUAUUUAAUUGAUAGAUUUUCUCAGUUUUUAAGAUGUGAAGUUGCAUUGCACUUUAUAAAUACUUGAGAUAUCAAUGAUUUUUAACCUUCAACUUCUAGACGCAACUUCGACUACUCGUCUGAUGUUACGUAUGUGUUAUAGAUGUGUUUAUAAGUGUAGAAUUGUACUUGACUGUCACGCACUUUGCUACAACACUUCAUCGGCCAAUGGAAACUAGCUAGUCUACAAAUUGAACUAUAUAGUCUAUUUGUUUUCCAAGUUCUCUAGUAUGGAAAAUGUGUGUUUGUUUUUCAUACUGAUGUCUUCAUUGAUGUUUCCUUGAUGUCGUACAGAGCUUGCAAGGUCUCGAUCUUUGCCUCAUCUGUCGGAUUGCCUUUGAUUAUGGAAGAUUGUUGAAAUUACAGCAGUACUGCCUGGACAUCAUUGGAAAUUUUCGCUUUAGAUUUAUAAACUGUAAUGAUUGAACUAUAAUCUUUUCCCGGUUUUUAUUUUAGUCUGACUAUUGUACAUGUUUGUACCAUAAGGCAGUCAGUAGUUACUGUAACCUAUGCCUAGCUGCACACUCAGGCUCCUGAAGAAUUUAUUUCCUCCUCAUUUCUUAUCUAAUCUCCAAGCAACCUUGAGUGAACACUUUAAGACUGUCUUGUUUCUUAUCUAAUCUUCAAGCAAGUGAGACUUCCUUUUUAGAGCGUUCUUGUUUUGAAAGGGUGGUAGGUCUAAAUCUUAAAUCUUAGAUCUGAUACUAAAUUUCUUUGUAUUAUUUUAAUCUUUAGGGAGUGAUAAUUGUGUUUGAUGUUACCAAGGAUGAAAGUUAUUAUAAUGUACAACAUUGGCUUAAAACUGUAAAUCAGGUAAGAGUUGACAGAUGAGUAAUAUUAAAAUAAUACCAUCCAAAAGUUAUUGUCUAAAAUGUUAGCCGUCUCAUCCCCUUAACCCAGGGGGCUGGGGGGGGGGGGUGGCCCAGGGGAGAGAGUCAUCUGAAACUUGAGCAUUAUAAUGCUGUCGGUUGACAUCAUCUGCAUUUGUGAAUUUAUGGUAGGUUCUGAUUGGCUAUUAUAUUUCUGAGGUAGAAAACCUUAUUUAUUUAUUUAUUUAAUUUAUUAUUAUUAUUAUUAUUAUUAUUAUUAUUAUUAUCAUAAACAAUAUUUAUUGCAACAUUUGCUCUAAGAGCCUGAAGGGCUCAUCUUGAGAGUUUAAUUAUGUUGUUGACAUUCAAUAUUUUAAAAAUACAAAUGCAUGUGCAAGAUCAAACACGCACACUCAUAAAAAAGCAAAAGAAUAAAAGAAAAACAAAACAAAACAAAAAAUAAAAUAAAUAGAUAUAAAAAAACACACACAGCAACUAACAGGAACGAUUUAAUGGCAAAAUAAACGACUGGGCAAGCUGAAACAACCUAACGUUAAUUUGAAAAUCAGCAGCAGAAAUGCUAUUUAAUAGCCAAGUGAUUUUUUUCUUAUCUGAAGCACAAUGCCAUCUAUAUCCAAGUAAUUGUGCAACAGAGGUAAACAACUUUUCACGCAUGAGAGCAGCAAAACUUGGGCAGUAUAGGAAAUAAUGUUUCACAUCUUCAGUAGAUGAAUCGCAAAGAGCACAGGCAGAUGAAGGACAGCAAUUUUUCUGAAAAAGGUGAUAAUUUAAGGCACUAAAAUUAAGUCUCAAACAAGUGUGAAAAAUUGAUGCUGAACGAUCCCCAAUAUAUUAAAAAAAGAUAGAUGCGGGAUGGAAAAUGCAGGAAUUUUUAAGAGGUUGUGCUUGAAGAUACCUUGAGAAGACAAUUGUGUCUCUUAUGGAAGACUGUUCCACUCUUGAAUUGAUGAAAAGAGAAAAGAUUUUUUGUGCCUUUCAGUACAAACGAAGGGUAAGCAGAGAUUAUUGGCAGAACGGAGACUAUAACUAGAUCUUGCAGAAGCAAAAUUAGGACAUAAAUCGCAUUAAGGUGGGGCUAGCUUAAAUUAUAUACUAUUUUGUACAUCAAACUGAGUUUAUGAAUUUUUCUUCUAACACUAAUUUCGACCCAAGAUAAGUUUAUUUUAUAGGUAUCCUGUUUGUCCCUUUUAAAGCACUGGUUACAACUGUUGCGCCCUCUAUUUGUAAGCUUUCUAAAAAAUAUAUAUACCAUCAGAUUCAGAACAUCAAUCCCAAACCACAUCAGCAUAUUCUAAGGAUGAACACACCAAGGAUUUGAAUAAAACUUCAAGUGUAUGAUGGCUCAAUUGUAUUUCAAUGGCUUUAGGAGGUUUAAUUUUUUGGAAGCUUUCUGAUGAGUUUUUAAUAUAUGUGCUCGCCAAGAUAAGUUAGAAGACAAAGUUAAACUAAGAUGUUCUUAAACUGUCACAUCCUCAAUAAUACUAUUGUUCAAAACCAAAGGGGGUGCAAAUUAAAGGCUUGUCUCUUUUUGCCAAGUCUUAGAUUCAUUCAUAGUCACCAACCACCGUUUAGCCCAAUCGGAUAUUAAUUUUAAUGUCAAGUCAUGAUUAGAAGCACAAUCACUAAGAGACUGAACUUUUUCCAGCAAAAAACGAUCAUCAGCAAAUAAAAAAACACAGCAAGAAGAGAUCGUGACUGGUAGGUCAUUAAUGUAAAUGAAAAACAAUAAUGGACCUAAGACCGAUCCCUGGGAGACACCAGCCUUGAUAUUACGCCAACCGGAAUGCACUCCUUCGAUUAUCUCUCUUUGUUUACAACAAGAAAGGUAACUAACAAAUUUCCCUCAACUCCAAUGCUUCUUAACUUGGCUAUCAGACUGUGAUACCACACGUUCAUGCUUUCAAACAGCUUUACAGAUCUGACCAGUCAUUCAUGGUAUGUUGCGAGGUCAACAGAUGUCGGGUAUGAAAGACUCAACUGUACUUAACAAUAUAGAAAAAAAAUCUUUGAUAAAUGACAACAAUAUCAAAGAGUGAAGCAUCAAAAACAUCAUUCCAGUCUGCGUUUGAUAAAGUGCCAUUUAAUCCAUCGAGAUCAAUAUCAUCAAAAUUCUGGAUCUCUCUGGUAAAAGAUUUGGGCUUUUGUUUGCGAAAAUUUAAAUUUGCAUAGAUAAUACAGUGAUAACAGUUGGCUGUCGGGCUUAGAGUACCAGAAGAAACAAAAAAGCCAGGCGAGUCUGAUAUGAUAAGGUCAAGAAUGGACUUCCCAGACCGAGUAAAGACCUCAAAAAAGGCCUUUCCUCAUUUGCUGAUUGAUUGGUUGGACGAUAACAAACUUCGCAAAGAAAAACAAAAUUAUUGACACUGCAUUGAAGCUAUUUAGAGGAGUUCUAGCCCAGCAGAGUAUUCAAACUCAACACGUCUUUUAACUGUAAUGUGAUCUUUGGCAUAAAUUACCACACCUCCUCCGAGCUUCCUGACCCUAUCUUCCUCGAGGGUAAACUAUAACCAGGAAUGAGAAUAUAGAGUCAUUAGAUAGGCUAGAAUUCAACCAGGUUUCAGAAAGUGCAAAAACAUCAAAUCCAUACAAACAAGCCAAAACAGAAUUUUCAGUCAGCUUAUCAUUAACAUUAAAUGAGCGAUUGAAAAGUUGAUACUGUUGGCCCCAGGAUUAGGAUGAACUGAACCUGAUGCCAAUAAUAGAAUACUAAGGCUCAACAUUUAAACCAAAAGAAUAACAAGGAAAGGAAUAAAAUUGGGAGCAAAAUAACAAUGCGACACAAGUAAACUUAAAACGAUUAAAAAGCCCAAUUGCUGCCCUGUACUGAUCUAGACUAACCUCCAUCAAUAAAAAUAAUGCAUUUUAAAGAGCUUACCUCCCACUGCACAAAACAUAUAGCAACCAAAGGACUGAGUACAUAUACUAUACGUAAUAAACAUUGUACAUUGAAACCUGUAUUAAGCGGACACCCUCUAUUAAGCGGAUAGAAGCCGAAGUCCCCAAAUUUAUUUUCCUUAUUUACUUUAAAUGAAACCUUUAUUAAGCGGAAACCUCUAUUAAGCGUACUCAGACACCUACAUGUAAAAGUACCUGAAAUGGUCAUUUCUAAAUUGUUGCCAACCUGUAUUAAACGGACACUUGUAAUUGAAUUCCACCACCCAACUUGCCAGACACCAGAAAUGGGAAAGAUUGCCACCCACAAAUGAAAGGGAAUUUGAAACGCACUUCUGGCAAUUCAUUGAGUUCACUGGGUGCCCAGAACAAGGAUAUUGACAUUGCCUCACAAGCGUUAUUACUGGUAACUGAGGUUAAAUAAUGUCUGUGACGCAUGCAGGCUACAUGGUCUAGGCGAAAGGAAAAGAGGCAAAAGCUCUAUUGUUCAAGCUAUUUCUCAUCCUCGGAGACCCAGGGGCAGAUAGUGGGGACGAGGGAAAGUCUAAACGGCUGAAAAGAUGUGGCACGAAGAAAAGUAAAGAAUGGCGAGAAGAGCCCCUGGGGACAAUGUCUUACCAGACCAGUUCCAAACGGUCGCCGCCGUUCUGGCUUCUGAUUGGUACUAGAAAACUUGUUGUUUUUCUGGCACCAAUCAGAAGCCAGAACGGCGGCGACUGUUUGGAACUGGUCUGGUAAGACAUUGUCCCCAGGGGCUCUUCUUGCCGUUCUUUACUUUUCUUCGUGCCACAUUUUUCCGCCCGUUUAGACUUUCCCUCGCCCCCUUUAUCUGCCCCUGGGUCUCUGAGGAUGGCUAUUUCUAAGGUCACAUUUCACACUAUCACGAGCUUAUGAUUGAGUUGUGUUUAAACCUGUUUCAAACUGGAAAAGUUGAAUGAUCCUGUACACUAAUUCUGAAGUCUUUUCCAUCAAGUUUUACAGCACACAAAACACAGAACACCUCACACAUAUACAUGCUGCUGUUCAUGGUUCCAUCCAUGACUCGUGGCUGCCAUCUUGCUAAGAAAUCAAAAUUUAUGCUAAAAUGCAUAAAUUAUAAGUAGCUAACGUCACUGGGCAACAUAAUAUGAUUCUUGGAAUUCAGGUGACUCUCUUUCCUGUGCCCCCCAUGGGUUAGGGGUGGAGACACCUGACAUAUCUGUCUACAAAAACUUAUCAUGAUUUCAUUUUGAUCUGGCUUGGACUACAGAUGGUGUAUUGGCUAACUACAAUGUGCAUGAAUAUUUUUUUUGAAGUCAGUCAUUACUAAGCAUAUGAACAACUGUUAACCUUUAAAAUGUUGCAUGUAAAAGUUAGAGUACAUAAAACUUUUUUUUUUUUUGCCUCUAAACUAUGAAUCAUGACUCACUUUUGUUCUCAUAGUACGCAAUAAGAACAAGCAAGUAUAGAACCCCUUUGUUUCAAUUGACUAUUGAAAAACAAUUCACUCCUUUGUACAAACAGGAGUUAACCUGCUGAACAGGUGCUAUUUCUUCAUUUUUUUUUUCANUGAGGUGACGAAGUACCACCCUUCUAAAAUCGUGCAAUAAAUCUGUUUGGCAGAAAAUCGUCUUCCUUGGAGACCUGAGUACACAUCGUUUCUGGUUUUCAACGUUCAGUCUUCUAAACCAACAAUAUUUACUGGUAUUAAAAAUCGAAUCUUUAUUUCUGUCGACUUAUUCCGCGACUUAUUUUUCGCACCUACAUAACAUUUGUACGGCCUUCUAAUUUCGAAUCGUGGAAAUCCGGCAAUGCUAAACUCUAGCUGAACCUAGCUGAUUUUUGGAUAGUAAUAAAGACGCUUCUUUCGACGACAUUUUAGAAAAGGUCCCUUAGAGGUACCGGGAAACUUAAAAGACAGCCGUUUUGGAUUUUAUCACCCUCUCUCACUUUAAAGAGUAAUCCGUAACUUCCGUCGCCCUAACCAGGGACCAGGCUCCGCAGUUGGCAAAUUAAAAAGGCGAAGAAAAUCGGAGAGGGCGAAAGCCGAGCGGUAGUCUGAGGAGGGGAUUGUCCCCAUCUGCAGUCCACCACUCGAUUAGCAUCGCUCGCUGAUUUUGCUGUUUCAUCCCGUUUUUGCCUCUUCCCGCCACUACGGAGCCUGGUGCCAGGCUACCGUCUUCCUUUUAAGCUGGCUGGCAGGCUAUUUAACAAGGGGAAUCACUGCCUGCGGGCAUAUUAUUUAUUCAGGUUUUAUAAGUUACAUCACCUGACUCUUCUCCUUUCGUAUGAACCUUAUUUUCUAUUAACUCCUUUUUCACAGAUAUUCCAAACAAUGGCAGAAUUAAUAUUGGGUGAAACUGGAGAACAGGUGAGAAAUAGUGUAUUUUUACUGUUUUGUUAUCCUUUUUACGGGUAAAUUCCAAAGAAAUCUACGUGUUCUCUGUUAGUGUUGUCGAAGAUGAUUGUUGGGCCAGAAAAUUUCUAUUAAAAUACCCGUAAACCGCCACUUAUAAGCUCUUUGCUUAUACAUCUUUGCAAGGGGUUUUAAGAGGGCUUACAAAGGGAGAGGCUUACAACAGGAAUAGAAAAAGGGCUUUGAAGUAAGCUAUAACAGUACUGAUCAAAAUGUGGAGGCGUGUGUGGUUGAGUGGUUAACACCUCGAACUCUGGAUGUGGAGGUCCGGGGUUCAAGCCUCGCCCGUCGCGUUGUUUCCUUAGGCAAGGAACUUUACUCCAGUGGCACUCUACAUUUUUUUUUUUUUGCCUCUAAACUAUGAAUCAUGACUCACUUUUGUUCUCAUAGUACGCAAUAAGAACAAGCAAGUAUAGAACCCCUUUGUUUCAAUUGACUAUUGAAAAACAAUUCACUCCUUUGUACAAACAGGAGUUAACCUGCUGAACAGGUGCUAUUUCUUCAUUUUUUUUUUCAGGCGGGCACGAGGCAGGCAUGCAUGUCCAGAGUGCAAGAAAACAUGAGCACAUGCAACAGAUCACGGGAAGGCACCUCAAUCCACUGUUGCUUGUGUCUUGCACUCCAUGUCCGCCUGGUGCUUACCUGAAAAACUAGAAAAAAAAGUGCCUAUUUUGCAGGCUGGUCCAGGAUUUUUCAUUUUUGUUGUCCACAAAUCAGUAAGGACAGAAAUAGAUGAUUAAAUAAUUUGAAAAUUACGUGACAUGUACUGGAAUCCCAACUGGCCAGUAACAAAACAUGGCACUUAACAAGCAUGGCAAUGGAGUUGAACUCUGGACUGGAAAGGAGAAAUCCAGUGAACAGUCCUGUGGAUUCUAGGCCUUCAGAUUGCAAAUCCAGCACUCUUAAACUACCCAGCCAGACCACCCGUAUCUGUUCAAAAUGUUCAGUAAAAUAACAAAAAAAAUUUGUUCAGUAAAAUGGUGGAAAAAUUGCCUCAUAGCAUUCGACAAAUUGACUGAAAUUAUUUCAUGAUGACACGCAGCUGAGUUUCUUGUCUCUAGCGGAUCAUUGGUGAUUACCAGUUAAAAUAAUCAAUAAUUCAAUGAUCUGUAUUAGUAUUCUGCCAGUUUUGAAAGUAAAACUCUUCCAAUAAUUUUUUUUAGUAUGUUGCUGGAAGAGAGCAUGAAAAUUGCAAGUUUGUAUUUGUUGGAAAUAAAAAUGAUCUGGCUGAGAAGCUAGGCAGGAAAGUACUCAUUGAAUCUGGAGAGCAGGUAUGUUUUCCAAAAGCCUAAUUUUGUUCUAUUUAGUAAGGCAUAAGAGUGAUAUUCUGGUUUUGCUAAACCUUUUCUCUGUACAAGACAUACACACGCAUAUUUUUUGAGGGGAGGGGGGUUGAGGGAAUUGGAAUACUUUGCUUAUACUGCUCGUUAUAGUGAAAGGAUCGUGUUCAAAAGAAACACAAUCUGAUUUGCAGAUUGGCUGUUGAGGUCUACUGAAAGGGAUAAAAACAUUUAUUAAUGCAAUGCAGCCAUCUUGAAGUCAAAACUUCUCACUUGGCCAAUUACAUACAUGUAUUAGGUCACGCACAUCAGAAGUACCGGUAUUGUUUUCCUGAAUUUGUACAUUGUUUGAUUCAAUUGUUGUAAAAAUUCUGUAUUUUUUUGGAAACUGAACUAGCCAGAGUCCGAGACGACUGCUUUUCUUAGUAAGUUAGUGGAAAAACGCUUUUUCUCCCUGCCUCUCUCAACCGACCUUGAAGUUGUUCUUCUUGGCCCUCUUUACCAGAUUUCUCCUUCUCUUUGUUACGCCUUUAAUUGCAGACUGUUAGAUUCUCUUUAAAGCGUGACGAAAUAAGACCAUUGAGAAAUAUUUGAGAUAGUUUGUUCAUAGCUCAGUAAAGCUAGUUCCAUAGCUUGCAACUUGUUUCAAGAAGAGGAUGAGUCUAGGUGCAAAGUAUUCCAGUACUUGAAAAAGAAGUGUAAAUGAUGUUGAUUACAUUAUCCAGAUCCAUUUGAUUACUUGUCUUAGUAACCUUUUUUCUACAGUUAGCGAAACAACAUAGUGGAAGGUACGUUGAUACAAGUGCGAAGACAAAAGAAAAUAUACAAAAGGUAAAAAAAAAAGGGGGGGUUGGAAAUGAGUUUGACUGAUACUUUAGACUGUAUUACAUUCGAACCUCAAAGUGCGACCACCUCCCAUAAGCGAUCACUAAGUCUUCGCGUUUUGGGUGGUCUCUUACGGGAGUUUCGACUGUUUUGGCGCACAAUAGGUGCUCACAAUAUUUCGACUGUGAUUUCUUUUUUAAAGCUCUAGCUAUAGACAUUUAUCCACGCGGAAAGACGCUAUUUUUUCUUUGUAAAGCAAAGGAAAUAGAAAGCGUAGCACAUAUUUAGGCUACAUUGGUUCUGGAGAAUUUGGGUGGAACUUUUAGAAUACACAUGCAUCAACUAUCUUGACAACCGGAGACCAUUGGGCUAUCUUUUUUUCUUAAACACAGCGACAACAAGAUGAUGCAGUAAAUUAAACGUCCUACAAUUCUUUAUUUUGUUGAACUUGAGGUGACGAAGUACCACCCUUCUAAAAUCGUGCAAUAAAUCUGUUUGGCAGAAAAUCGUCUUCCUUGGAGACCUGAGUACACAUCGUUUCUGGUUUUCAACGUUCAGUCUUCUAAACCAACAAUAUUUACUGGUAUUAAAAAUCGAAUCUUUAUUUCUGUCGACUUAUUCCGCGACUUAUUUUUCGCACCUACAUAACAUUUGUACGGCCUUCUAAUUUCGAAUCGUGGAAAUCCGGCAAUGCUAAACUCUAGCUGAACCUAGCUGAUUUUUGGAUAGUAAUAAAGACGCUUCUUUCGACGACAUUUUAGAAAAGGUCCCUUAGAGGUACCGGGAAACUUAAAAGACAGCCGUUUUGGAUUUUAUCACCCUCUCUCACUUUAAAGAGAAAUCCGUAACUUCCGUCGUCCUAACCAGGGACCAGGCUCCGCAGUUGGGAAAUUAAAAAGGCGAAGAAAAUCGGAGAGGGCGAAAGCCGAGCGGUAGUCUGAGGAGGGGAUUGUCCCCUUCUGCAGUCCACCACUCGAUUAGCAUCGCUCGCUGAUUUUGCUGUUUCAUCCCGUUUUUGCCUCUUCCCCCCACUACGGAGCCUGGUGCCAGGCUACCGUCUUCCUUUUAAGCUGGCUGGCAGGCUAUUUAACAAGGGGAAUCACUGCCUGCGGGCAUAUUAUUUAUUCAGGUUUUAUAAGUUACAUCACCUAACUCUUCUCGUUUCGUAUGAACCUUAUUUUCUAUUAACUCCUUUUUCACAGAUAUUCCAAACAAUGGCAGAAUUAAUAUUGGGUGAAAAUGGAGAACAGGUGAGAAAUAGUGUAUUUUUACUGUUUUGUUAUCCUUUUUACGGGUAAAUUCCAAAGAAAUCAACGUGUUCUCUGUUAGUGUUGUCGAAGAUGAUUGUUGGGCCAGAAAAUUUAUAUUAAAAUACCCGUAAACUGCCACUUAUAAGCUCUUUGCUUAUACAUCUUUGUAAGGGGUUUUAAGAGGGCUUACAAAGGGAGAGGCUUAUAACAGGAAUAGAAAAAGGGCUUUGAAAUAAGCUAUAACAGUAUUGAUCAAAAUGUGGAGGCGUGUGUGGUUGAGUGGUUAACACCUCGAACUCUGGAUGUGGAGGUCCGGGGUUCAAGCCUCGCCCGUCGCGUUGUUUCCUUAGGCAAGGAACUUUACUCCAGUGGCACUCUACUUUGUCUCUCUUCACUCACUAGGUGCAUAAAUGGGUACCAGCAACAUACUACUGAGGGGUACCCCUGCGAUGGACUAACAUCCCGUCCAGGGGGGAGUAGCAAUACUCCUAGGUGGCUCAUACUAAGAAAACCGGAUACCGGAUAAGUUAUGCAUUUACGGAUACGUUAUGCAUUGACUGGUUUUUAAUUAACUAUUAAAACUUCAUAAUAAAUGGAAUUCACUUCAAUACAUUUUUAGAUCACAAUUAGAGGGGGGGCUUAUAAUCGGAUGUAUUUUUUUCUGUUUAUGGGGUGCUUAUUAAGUGGGGGGGUUGGGCGGCUUAUAAGCGGUAGUUUACGGUAUAUACAGUCAACUCUUGCCUUGCGGACACCCGGCUAUAACAGACACCCCGAUAAUACGGACAAUAGCCAAAUCCCAGCCAAAAAUAAAUUACAGACGUUUGACUGAAAUAAACUCCCGCUAUUACGGACUCUCGCUAAUGAGGACACUAACUCAGGGUCCCCACAGUGUCCGCUAUAAAAGGAGUUGACUGUAUUCGGAAAUCAAGUUAGUCGCUUCAUAUUCGUUGCACUCAUUGACAGUAGAUGAGCGUGUGGGAGGUGCCUGCGACAGGGAGCCGAGGCUGGUGGGUUUUAAAAGUGGACAUGCUAGUUUAACAAAGGGCUCGUUGAGUAGGGAGCAGAGAAAUUCGAGAUCGAGUGUAACGUGUUGAGCAAUGCAAGCGAAAUAACCGUAUUUCAACAAGGGCGCUGAAAAGUCCCCUGAAAAGGCCCGGCCUGCGAGGUUAUGCAACCACUUCAAAUGAUUAACACGAAAGGCUGCUGAACUCUUGUUAAAAGUUACAUGUUCAUGUAACGGCCUUUAACCACGUCCCAACUUACAAGUUUUCCUUGCGGGAAUGGCACCUGUUACUAGUAAUUUCCUACGAUUAAGGCAUAGCGUAAACUACCACUCAUAAGCCCUAGGCUUUUACAUCUUCGUAGGGGGGUUUUAGGAGGGCUUAUAUCCGAGGGGGCUUAUUACUGGAAUAGUAAAAUGAAUAAAUUUUCAAGAAGGCCUUGGAGUCGCCCCGUGCAAGGGAAUAUGGAUUUCUGGAAGCGGGGGAAUCCUUGCUUUUGGAAUCGGGAAUCCGGGAAAUUUUUUUCUUGUGGAGUCCGGAAUCGUGGGCUUUACUGAGAACCCGGAAUACAGCUCAAUGAAUCUGAAACCCCACUAACGACUGGACUUGAACCCGGAAUCCAAGUUCCACUGACAGAGAAUCCGGAAUCCACUGCGUGUAAUCCAGAAUCCAGGACUAUCUUGGAUUCCCUUAUAUCAUAUGGAAUGCCUCGGAGCGAAGGAAACCUAUAUCUAAAAAAAGACGUCAUCAGAGGCGUCAUCCUUAUGACAGACUUUUUAAAACUAAGGGGAAUUUCAGCAUGACCUGCUUACAGAGGAAGCGUCACUCGUCUUUUCCUCUCAUCUUCGUCUUUUACACUUUGAUGUUUUUGUGUUUUUAUUUUACAGCCUAAUACACCCGAUGGAACUAACAAACUUGGUAACGUGGACGGUGAAAGACAAAAAGAAGGAUUUUCAUGUACUGUUUUAUGAUAAAACCCGUUUUAUACAUCUUAAAUUCACCAAUCCAUUGUUUUGAACUGACUAUUAAUAAUUAUUUUCAGUGACCACAAUAAUGAACUGCUGGUUCCGAAACAAUUAAAAAAUGCAUCAAAAUCGGAUAAUGCCUACGCUCCUCAGCUAUCUCAGUGAAAAAUAUCGACUUAGCAGUACGCGCUCGGUCAUCGUGGUUAACAAGGCUUGAAGCUCAGGCAGUAUCCUAUAUAAAAAAAACUAUUAAAACUUCAUAAUAAAUGGAAUUCACUUCAAUACAUUUUUAGAUCACAAUUAGAGGGGGGGCUUAUAAUCGGAUGUAUUUUUUUCUGUUUAUGGGGUGCUUAUUAAGUGGGGGGGUUGGGCGGCUUAUAAGCGGUAGUUUACGGUAUAUACAGUCAACUCUUGCCUUGCGGACACCCGGCUAUAACAGACACCCCGACAAUACGGACAGUAGCCAAAUCCCAGCCAAAAAUAAAUUACAGACGUUUGACUGAAAUAAACUCCCGCUAUUACGGACUCUCGCUAAUGAGGACACUAACUCAGGGUCCCCACAGUGUCCGCUAUAAAAGGAGUUGACUGUAUUCGGAAACCAAGUUAGUCGCUUCAUAUUCGUUGCACUCAUUGACAGUAGAUGAGCGUGUGGGAGGUGCCUGCGACAGGGAGCCGAAGCUGGUGGGUUUUAAAAGUGGACAUGCUAGUUUAACAAAGGGCUCGUUGAGUAGGGAGCAGAGAAAUUCGAGAUCGAGUGUAACGUGUGAGCAAUGCAAGCGAAAUAACCGUAUUUCAACAAGGGCGCUGAAAAGUCCCCUGAAAAGGCCCGGCCUGCGAGGCUAUGCAACCACUUCAAAUGAUUAACACGAAAGGCUGCUGAACUCUUGUUAAAAGUUACAUGUUCAUGUAACGGCCUUUAACCACGUCCCAACUAACAAGUUUUCCUUGCGGGAAUGGCACCUGUUACUAGUAAUUUCCUACGAUUAAGGCAUACCGUAAACUACCUCUCCUAAGCCCUAGGCUUUUACAUCUUCGUAGGGGGGUUUUAGGAGGGUUUAUAUCCGAGGGGGCUUAUUACUGGAAUAGUAAAAUGAAUAAAUUUUCAAGAAGGCCUUGGAGUCGCCCCGUGCAAGGGAAUAUGGAUUUCUGGAAGCGGUGGAAUCCUUGCUUUUGGAAUCGGGAAUCCGGGAAAUUUUUUUCUAGUGGAGUCCGGAAUCGUGGGCUUUACUGAGAACCCGGAAUACAGCUCAAUGAAUCUGGAACCCCACUAACGACUGGACUUGAACCCGGAAUCCAAGUUCCGCUGACAGAGAAUCCGGAAUCCACUGCGUGUAAUCCAGAAUCCAGGACUAUCUUGGAUUCCCUUAUAUCGUAUGGAAUGCCUCGGAGCGAAGGAAACCUAUAUCUAAAAAAAGACGUCUUCAGAGGCGUCAUCCUUAUGACAGACUUUUUUAAAACUAAGGGGAAUUUCAGCAUGACCUGCUUACAGAGGAAGCGUUACUCGUCUUUUCCUCUCAUCUUCGUCUUUUACACUUUGAUGUUUUUGUGUUUUUAUUUUACAGCCUAAAACUCCCGAUGGAACUAAUGAACGUGGUAACGUGGACGGUGAAAGACAAAAAGAAGGAUUUUCAUGUACUGUUUUAUGA